CGACGGUAGAAGGAUCGGUGGCAGUCGCGCGCCGGCCGCUGCCUCGAUAGGGUGUUUGUGUUUACGUCGCCGCGAUGAAAAUUUGGCCGCCAUAGAGGUUAUGUUUACGCGUGCCGCGGUAACCAAAUCGACGACGCAUGCCCUUCUGCGUCCACCUUUUCGAAAAUCCUUCACCGAUCGCCACGUGCCUGUCAAAAAAUCCAUUGACUUCCCACGACAUCGCGUCCCUCGGUGCACGGAACAUCUUAACAACUCUUUAUAUCUCCAGACUUUCAUAAAUGCGCAGGAGCGUGGUGUGUGCCGGCCCUCGGACGUGAUUUGGUGCGGUGGUGUGCGUGUAAAGGGCCAACGAGUGAGGCCGCAACGGUGAGCAUUCGAGAUGAGCUAUGAAUUUAGGCUGCCUGGUAGCCAUCGUCUUUGUGCAUCAGCUGCUGUCCGACGCCACAGCGCUACCCUCAGUCGUCAAGAUUGGUGCUAUAUUCACUCAUGACCAAAAGGAUAGCAGUACGGAGUUGGCCUUCAAGUAUGCCGUGUACAAGAUCAACAAGGAGAGGCUCAUACUGCCGAAAACGACGCUGGAAUACGACAUUCAAUACGUGCCAAAAGAUGACUCGUUUCACGCGUCGAAGAAGGCGUGUCAACAGGUCAAAUACGGCGUGCAGGCGGUAUUCGGGCCAUCGGAUCCCAUUCUGGGGCAACACAUCCACAGCAUCUGCGACGCACUGGAUAUUCCACAUUUGGAAGCCAGGCUGGACCUGGACACGGAGGCGAAAGAGUUCAGCAUCAACCUCUAUCCCGCACAAAGUUUGCUCAACGCCGCUUAUCAGGAUAUCAUGGAGUUUCUCAACUGGACCAAGGUCGCCAUUAUCUACGAGGACGAUUAUGGAUUGGUGAAGCUGCGAGAACUGGUCAGGUCGCCGAAAUCUCAGGAGAUGGAGGUUAACCUCAGGCAGGCAGAUCCAGAUUCCUACAGGCAAGUUCUAUCCGAGAUGAAAAGCAAGGAAAUACGGAAUCUCAUCGUGGAUACGAGGCCAGAGCAUAUGCAUCAUUUUCUACGAAUGAUACUGCAACUGCAAAUGAACGACUACAAGUACCACUAUCUCUUCACAACUUUCGAUAUCGAGACGUUCGACCUCGAGGACUUCAAGUACAAUUUCGUCAAUAUCACUGCCUUCCGUCUGGUCGACGCGGAGGACGUCGGUGUGCGGGGUAUCCUGAGGGACAUGGAGCGAUAUCAGCCGUCCGGGAAUACGAUUCUCAACAAAUCGAGAGUUAUACAGGCGGAGCCGGCGCUCAUGUACGACAGCGUGCAGGUGUUCGCCAUUGGAUUGAGGACACUGGAACAGUCGCACGCGCUCAGGCCUGCCAACAUCUCCUGCGAGAUGGAACACCCGUGGGAUGGAGGUUUGUCCCUCAUAAACUACAUCAACUCGGUCGAGAUGAAGGGUAUUUCUGGCCCUAUCGAGUUCAAAGAAGGACGGAGAAUUCAGUUUAAAUUGGACCUUUUGAAGCUGAAGCAACAUUCGCUUGUUAAGGUCGGUGAAUGGCGUCCAGGCAUCGGUGUGAACGUGACCGACACAGCGGCCUUCUUCGAGCCAGGAGCAGCGAAUGUCACCCUCCUCGUCAUCACUAUAUUGGAAAUUCCGUACGUGAUGAUGCACUACGAAAAAAACUACACGGGGAACGCGCGGUUUUACGGUUUUUGCGUCGACCUACUGGAGGCGGUGGCGAGGGAGGUCGGCUUCUCAUACAGAUUGGAGCUGGUACCGGACAGGAAGUACGGCGCGAAAGACCCGGAAACCGGGGAAUGGAACGGCAUCGUCAGAGAGCUCAUGCGACAUGAGCAGCCAUACGUUAUGGUGAAGAACAGAGGGAAUUUCAGCGGGAACGCACGUUACGAGGGCUUCUGCAUCGACCUGCUCAAGGAGAUAGCUCACAUGGUGGGCUUCGGCUACAAGAUCGAGCUCGUUCCGGAUGGCAAGUACGGCGUUUACAAUUACGAGACCGGCGAGUGGAACGGAAUAGUGCGCCAGCUGAUGGACAAGAAAGCAGAUUUGGCUGUUGGCUCGAUGACCAUUAAUUACGCCCGUGAAAGCGUGAUCGACUUCACAAAACCGUUCAUGAAUCUUGGCAUCUCGAUACUUUUCAAGGUACCUACCAGCCACCCAGCACGAUUGUUCUCUUUCAUGAACCCGCUCGCCAUUCAAAUCUGGCUAUACGUGCUGGCCGCGUACGUCCUCGUCUCGGUGAUGAUGUUCGUGGUCGCGAGGAUCAGCCCCUACGAAUGGAAUAACCCUCAUCCCUGUCACGCAGGCUCCGAAAUGGUCGAGAAUCAAUUCUCGUUGGCCAACAGCUUUUGGUUCACCAUUGGAACCCUGAUGCAGCAAGGUAGCGAUUUGAAUCCCAAGGCAACGAGCACACGAAUCGUGGGUGGCAUAUGGUGGUUUUUCACCUUGAUCAUCAUAUCCUCAUAUACGGCCAACCUGGCGGCGUUUCUUACCGUGGAAAGGAUGAUAACUCCUAUCGAAAAUGCGGAGGAUCUUGCCAGUCAAACAGACAUCGCAUAUGGCACCUUGGAUAGCGGAAGUACCAUGACCUUCUUCAGGGAUUCGAUGAUCGAGACGUACAAGAAGAUGUGGCGAUUCAUGGAGAAUAAGAAGCCAUCAGUAUUCGUGCCCACUUACGAGGAAGGAAUCCAGAGGGUUCUUCAAGGUGAUUACGCUUUCUUAAUGGAAUCCACCAUGCUGGAUUACAUCGUGCAAAGGGAUUGCAAUCUAACGCAAAUCGGUGGACUUCUGGAUAGCAAAGGAUACGGGAUUGCCACGCCUAUGGGUUCUCCUUGGCGUGACAAGAUAUCUCUGGCGAUUCUAGAACUCCAAGAGAAGGGAGAGAUCCAGAUGUUGUAUGACAAAUGGUGGAAGAGUCCCGGUGACACUUGCAUGAGAACGGAGAAAGGAAAGGAGAGCAAAGCGAAUUCGUUGGGCGUAGACAAUAUAGGCGGAGUAUUUGUUGUACUGCUGUGUGGAUUGGCGUUCGCCGUGGUGAUCGCAAUUUUCGAGUUCUGCUAUAAUACCAGAAGGUCGGCGCCGGAACAGAGAGCUCCAGUAUCGAUACCAAUCUGUUCGGAUUCUCUGCAAGGAAUCUCGCAAUCUGUGCAACAACAGACGCAGCAACAGUCGCAACAGCAACAACAGCAACCGAAUCAGCAGCAGGAGUCUCUGUGCUCGGAGAUGGCGCGAGAAUUGUGCCGCGCGUUGCGAUGCCACGCAUCCUCGAGGCGGCGACGCACCUGCGAGAAAUGCUCGACCCAUGUGCUCGGCUAUCCGCCGGACAAUCCCACUGCCACCCCCUUGAAUGGGAUGAGAUCGCAGAGAAGCAGCCUGGGUGUUCCCACAGUCGAACUGCCGCCACACGUCCACAUGCAUCAUCACGCGCCACCACCACACGAUUACGAUGGAACUUAACUCACGAACCUCGUCGCAUCAUUGCGAUCACUUCUUAAGGCCUGACGAGCGACAAAAUAUGAACUGGACAGAAGGGGAAAAAGUACAACAACCGAGGAAUAAAAUCUCUUUUCCUUUUUUUGAACAAGAAAAAAAAGAAAGAAAAGUGAAGAAUUAGAAAGAUCGACAAGAAAGUACAAAAACGCAUCAAGUGGCAGCGAACGGAUCAGAUCGACCAGAGAGAUUCGUCCUUUCCAUUUUUUUUUUUUUUUUUUUUUUCUAGAGAACGAAGUAGUUAUCCCGCCGCGGGUAUCACGUCGAUAAUCACCAAAGGAGAACGAACAAUUUGCACAAUUUCUCAAUUCACCGAAGGCCCCGUGUCGGAACACGGGCGGAGGAAAAUGGUUCUCGUAUAUUAAUUAUAUCCACUCCCUUUUCUUACCGAAAUCUCACCGAAAAAAAAAACAAAGAAAGAAAGAGAAAAAAAAAUGGACUCGUUUCACUUUCUACCGUAGAAGCUGCACCGAAGACGAUUGUUCGCACAUUGUUUGAUAAUAAAAUCGCGGAGCGGAGGGAUCGAUUGUGGAGAAUAAAGAAACGAACGGAUAUCUAUCUCGAGAGAAGAUAAAAAUUGAAAAUAAUUUUUCAAGAAUUCUCGACAAGCUAUCUAUCCUCUUUUUUUCUUCUUCUUUAGUCGAAGUGUCCUAUCUAACAAGUUUGUUUAUUUGUCAGAAAAUUUUUUAAUUUGUAAAUCAAAUUGGAAAGAUUGUGUGCGUGAUUUUUCCCCGUAACAAGAAUGUUACGAGAUACGACGAAAAAUGAAUUGAAUUUUAUAUUUCGGAAUAUUAGAUAGGAAAUUUUAACUAAGAUGGAUAGCUUUUAGAGCGAGCGUUUAAUUUACAUGUAGUAGCUAUAAAAAGUAUUCAUCGCAUUAUUAUAUUUAUAUACCAAUUAAACAAAUAUAUAUAUAUUUAAUAUAUAUAUAUUCUCUUCGUUUAACAAUUUAUUAUUGAAAAACAGAAAUGCGAAUAUUUUUUCUAGCCACUAUACGUAAAACACGAUUAAAUUUCGAUCGAUCCCUGAAAAAUCACUUGAUGAUGGAGCCUGAUGUACACACCAUUUUCAAAUUUUUCUAACCACUUUGUACAAACCGAGAUGAGUAGGAAUCUAAGUAGAGAUCGAGAAAUAAAUAAAAUAAUCGUAUUUUUUAAUUAGAAUAUUUCUCCUUCGAGGAAAUGUCGAGUUGAGUGAAAAAAAAAUGUGAAACUUGAACUUUCCUUCCAUUCGCGGCCAAGAUAAGUUAGCGUAUCCUAGAUUUCAGCCACGAUUCGAUGCUUCCUAUAUUUUUCACGCGAUAGAACGACGCGCGAUCGAUCGUAGAAAUCGGGACGAUCACGUAAAGGCAGUGAAAAACGUCGAUAUCAGAUCGAUUCUUUUCGCCUUUUUUUGCGUGAACGAACCGCACCGUAACGAAAAAAACGUAAAUGAAUUUCUUGCAUACUUAACAUACACACGUAUACAUGCGCAUACACACACAUACACACACACAGAUACAGAUCCGUGUAAAUACCGCGGCGGCACGCGCGAAAGUAGACGAUCCCAUUUGCGAGUAUUUUAAAAAAAAAAUAGAGGAGGCAAGGGAGUAAUUGUUUAGCGUUAAAGGAAAACGGAAAAAAAAAAAAAAAGUACAACUAAGUAGACGUUUGGUGUCAUUUCACGUGUGUAUAUGCAGAUAGACGGCGAAUAAAUGUAAAGACAAGAUGAUGGACACG